CCCACUUGGUCUGAUGUGACUGUUAGUGGCAGAGCUUAAUUUUCAGCCGCAUACGAUCGUCCUUCCCAUUGCCUCACAAAGUGCUCGGCAGGAAGUAGGAUUGACGAAGUUUUCUCAGCACCUAAGCUUGUCGUCACAAUAAGCGGAUAUAAGUGGGACGUUACUCUCUAACGAACCAUGAUCGCCAGACAACAUCAGAAUGGUUCCAGCUCUGCGAUGUAGAGCUCAUCGUCGAUGUUGACAGUAUCUGACGCAACUACCCUGCAGAUGGGACGCACCUCACCCGUGCCUCUGUUGCUAUGUCUAUCUGCAAGAUCCACCAGGAACAGUGGAACUGUGGGUGUUUUGCUUGAAUCAGAGGCUGUCUGGGCAAGAUCGUGUGCGAAGACUCUAAAAACGCACGAGUGUUCAAAAGGCUCCAGUAUUCCUCUUUUGACCCUUCCUGUACUCCAGCUUUCCCCCAGUAUUCACCAACAUGAACGAACAGGAGAAAUCUGGACAAUGCUCCCCCGCACAUGCCAUCUCGAGGCAACAUUCGGCAAACUGCACACCAGGUCCGACCCGGCACAACUCUUUGCAUGAGAAGAGUAGCAACGAUGACAAGUCGCAUGACAGCCCAGAAGACCUCGAGGACCGCGAAUUCCAACCACCAGCUAUACAUCCUCCCACCGUCCCCGAUGCAGAAGGUCGUCGUGAGCUGAAAGAAUGGGAGUGCUGGGACAAACUGGCCUACUCAUGGCCUAAAUGGAAGAAGGCCAUGUACUUGACAUCCAUCGCCGGUAUACAAAUCUCGAUGAACUUUAAUACCUCGGUUUAUCCCAGUGCCGUCAAGCCAUUAGUUGAACACUUCGGUAUCAGUGAUCAGCAAGCUAGAGUUGGGCAGAUGAUCUAUCUGAUCAUGUACUCUUUCGGCUGCGAACUGUGGGCACCAUGGUCCGAAGAAUUUGGCAGAUGGCCAAUUUUACAGCUGAGUCUGUUUUUCAUCAACAUCUGGCAGAUUCCAAAUUCUGUCGCACCCAACUACGCGACUAUUGUUGUGUGUCGUGCUCUUGGUGGUUUAUCCACUGCUGGUGGCAGUGUUACUCUUGGGCUGAUCGCAGAUCUUUAUGAACCAGAGACUCAACACUGGCCACUGUGCUUCAUUGUGCUAUCUUCCACAAUCGGUACCAGUAUCGGCGGAGUUAUUGGCGGUCCGAUUGAAAAGUAUCUGUCGUGGCAGUGGAAUUUUUGGAUUCAACUCAUUUUUGGUGUCACAGUCCAGGCAGUGCAUUUUUUCAUGCCUGAAAGCCGUUCUACAAUUCUCAUGGAUCGAGAAGCAAAGAGACGUCGUGACAGUGGCGAAGAUCCUAACAUAUAUGGACCAAACGAGCUUAAGAAGCCCCGAGUUUCGCUGAAAGAAGCUGGCAAGAUCUGGCUUCGACCAUUUGAGAUGUUUGUUCGCGAACCUAUUGUUUUGUUUCUAUCUCUUCUGUCGGGCUUCUCUGAUGCCUUGAUUUUCACAUUUCUUGAGGCGUUUGCCAUCACAUAUCCAGCCAAUUUCGGCUUCGGCACUCUCCAGGUUGCCUGGGCAUUCAUUCCCAUUAAUGCGUCUUACUUCUUCACAUAUUUUCUGUAUUGGCCUAUCUUUUGGCGAGACGAGGCCCAAAGAAAGAAGCAUGGCCCGGACUACUAUGCACCUGAACGACGCCUGAAGCCGCUGCUAUGGCUUGCACUAUUCGAGCCAAUUGGUCUUAUUGGCUUCGCGUGGACUUGCAUGGGACCCCCUCAGACACAUUGGAUUGCACCGAUGAUUUUCUCAUUCCUUGUCGGCUUGGCCAACUUCGCUAUCUACUACUCGUCUGUCGACUAUAUGAUCGCGGCCUAUGGGCCAUACUCGGCAUCCGCUACUGGUGGUAACGCUUUCGCACGAGACUUCCUUGCUGGUAUAUCUGCCAUGUACGCCGCACCACUGUACCAUAACCUCAGCCAAACACGCCCGUCAGAGCUGGCUACGACCACACUUGCAGGUUUGUCUUGCUUGGUUGUGGUGCCGAUCUACGUUUUCUACUACAAGGGGCCGGAGAUCAGAAAGGCAAGCAAGUUUGCUUCGAUCUUGGCCGAGGAUCGGAAGACCGAGAAUGUUAGGCGUCUCAGUAAGGCGGAUAAUCUUCCAGCGUAGUAUGUCCGAGCGCAAGGUCUGUUCUUGCGAGUAGGGUAUUCUAUAGAUAAAGUAUCCUAUAAUCGUGUAUAGUAGAUCUUGACUAGAACCUUUACAAUAGAUUGGGUAUAAUUCUGUUAUAUAAGUAAGUCCGGCCCAGGGCCUAAUCCCCGCUAGGGUCGUAUUUUGUGUUCUAAUUUCGUGAACCCCCCCCCCCCCCCCCCC